AUGCCCAUGGCAUACUACAUGGCAUCCAUUGGCCUAUUCGGGAUGUUGGGGUUGCCAAUGAUGUGGCAGCGUUCCCAGGACGAGCAGAAAGCUAUACCUCUGGUAAUAUAUGGGGCUUCUGGAGCAGUAGGUUCCGCUGCAGUACAAUUCGCCGUCAAUGCGAACUUCCAUCCUCUCAUUUGCGUUGCAGGAUCAGGAGCAUAUGCGAUACAGCCACUCCUCGACAGCAGCAAAGGCGAUGUGGUUCUCGACUACAGAGAAGGUGCCGAAAAGCUCGUCGAAAACAUGAAAACUGCGCUUGGUGAACAUGAGUUACACUAUGCCUUCGACUGCGUGAGUGAACACGGCUCAUCAGCAAACAUCUGCAAGGUGCUUCAGCGAGGGGGACACAUCAGUCUGGUCUUACCAUCAGGAGUCAAGGACGUGCCACCCGGUUUCGAUGUUAACACGACAAUGGCUGGAAACCUAUGGACUGGGUUCAAGAACAAGGGCGAUACGCAUGGAGCAAUGGGCUUAGCUGGGGGAACGGAAUUUGGAUACUGUUACUCCAGACUGUUUGGGCAUUGGUUCGGCGAGGGCAAAUUGCGUGUCCAUAGUCCCGAGGUGGUUGAGGGUGGGCUGCUGGGCGUAGAGAAGGCACUGAAGAAUCUGAGAGAAGGAAAGAACCAUGGCGUGAAAUAUGUUGUACGCGUCAGAGACACGCCUGGGUUGGAGUGA